UAUCUAUAAGUCUAUAGGAGGCUGACCCAAAUAUGCCUAUACAAAGUGUAGGCCAAUAGACCCAACCCCUUUACUCAUCAGUAUCUACUACUGCCCACUUAACUCCUACAAUCAUAUCCACCUAUCUGGUGCCGGUGCUUUCCUUAAUUUUGACCAAAUAUCAUACCUUUUCUCUAUUUGACAUCUUUCAUGGCCUCUACCUCCUCCAAUAGACAUGGCAACUACAAGGGAGUCCGCUGCCGGAGUGGCAAAUGGGUGUCGGAGAUUCGUGAGCCACGUAAGACUACUCGAAUAUGGCUCGGCACGUAUCCAACGUCGGAGAUGGCCGCUGCUGCCUACGACGUGGCUGCUCUGGCUCUCAAGGGUAGCAAUGCUGUUCUCAACUUCCCGGACUCGAUUCGCUCCUACCCAAUUCCAGCUUCCAAAUCCCCAGCUGAUAUUCGUCUCGCUGCCGCCGCUGCUGCCGCGACGAAAAAGGUUGAUCAAGGAGAAAGUAAUAACCCUAUCUGCCACCAGUCUACUCCGUCCCAUGAGUUCGUUGACGAAGAGGCACUGUUCGGAAUGCCCAAUUUGCUGCACGACAUGGCGGAGGGAAUGCUGUUGCCGCCGCCGCCACGAAUGAGUGACUCGCCGUCAUCACACGACUGCUACUCAUGGAACUCCACCGGAGAUGAAAAUCUUUGGAGCUACCAUUAGAGGAAAAAAGAAACAA